CAAACUCUAUUAGGGUACGCCGUGCAGAGUUAGUUUACUCACGAAACAGAGGAUUUGAUUCCAAUACCAAUCAGCUUGAAGCAAAACUCGAUCCAUGGCGAUUGCAAUCUGUGUCAACAACCAAAAGCUGUGAAGGCCAACGGCUUCAAAGGUUCUAAUGAUGGAAGAAGCAUUAACGGAAACCGCACCGCCCUUCCCAGAAAGCUGCUACUCUCUCCCGAACCCUAAAGGCACAUCUUCAGAGACAUUUUCAGACAUUGGUGAUGGGACCAACAGGAUUGGACAAGAUUGCUCAAAAGAUGAUAUUGUUCUCUUUCAAGGCUCAACAAAUCCACUUCCAAGUGGAGUUCCUUCAUAUACAGUUGAGAUCUUCAACUCUUGUGUCUCAGAUUGCAAUAUCGCUGAGAUCCACGUCAGUUGUGGCUGGUUCAGCUCGGUCCGACUGGUUAACCCUCGAGUUUUCAGGCGACUCGACUACGACGAUUGUCUAGUCAACGACGGUCAACCUCUUGGUCCUGGACAGACACUCUCCUUUCAAUAUGCUAACAGCUUCUCUUACCCUCUCUCUGUUGCUUCAGUCUCUUGCUUCUGAUUUUAGAAAUAUUUUGGUAUUGUACUUCAUGUAGUGGAUUAGAUUCUAACUUCAUGUAGCAGUUGAACAAUGUUGCUAAUGUUAUUUUCAAGAAAAAGUUAAUUGGUUU